AUUGUCUGCUCACCAUCUACUCGUAGGAGGCAGCAGGGAGCUUCUGGUGCCCUGGCCAUGACGGUGGAGCGUGAGAGUCUGUCCUGAGGCGCCGCGAAAUUUUGGCGAGAAACAAAUUUCGGUGCGCGAGACGUGAACUGACGGGUGGGUGGGUCAUCGUAAUCGGGGCUGGUGUGAGGCCGCGCGCGAGGAGUGAGGUGUGUGCUGCGACUGUCCUCCGCCUCACCACGCCCUUCCUGCCCCCGCUGGUGCUCCAGUGACACAAUACUCGACUCACUCCACAUAACAAGAGUCGCUGCGUCUGACUGCACGACUCCUGCAGCUGCUGAGGCCUGUUGGCAGUGCGUGGAGCUGCGUCUGCCUCCGCGGCGUGUGUCUGGCUGCUGGCGUGUGUGGCUUGUGGUGCGUGUAACGUAGUGUGGAGGGGCCGGACCAUCGACUUUCGGGGACUGUCCUCCUGAGUGGGUGCCACCGCGUAGCGUGAAGGAGGCAUCACAGCCAUGGAGAGUGCCCAAGGUGUCGGACAUGCAUUUGAAGGAGAGCAACGUGACUUUGGGCGGCAUCCGUCUGCUGAACCCAAGCGAUGUAGCGACGCAGCAUCUUACAACGCAGCAACUCAAUAACAACAACAACAGCAGCAACAGCAACAGUAACACUAACAACAACAACAGUGAACGCAUCUCUCCCACCUCCACCACUAAGGAUUCUCAUCACCUGCUAAUUAUCAACACAGGGUCGGCGGCGGCCAGCGGUGACCUGCUCGACGGGGACCAUGGCAUGACCGCGGCUCUCUCCUCCUCCCUGCCAGACCUCUCAGAAAACGGGAGUUGCAGCAGUGACCGCCUGCACCACCCAUCCAUCUCGUCGGGUCUCCACCGGCCCACGCGCCUGCCAGUCUCCUCCUCCCUCGGCUCGCUCUCCUCUUUCGAGAACGACGAGUCUGACCUUGAGUCGUACAGUUCCCUGGAGGUGGACUUGACCCGCGGGGGCGACACUCCAGACCCGCGCACCGCCAAGGACAGGUCCUUGCUGGACUUUGAGGUUCUUGGAUCGUUGUGGCCGCGGCCCCUCUGGACGGGCGAGUGUGCCCCCGCGCCGCGCCUCACCAACGACCUCAGCCCCGACGCCCACGGCCGCGGCGCCAACAAUGUGAACGAGCUGAGCGAGUGUGGCACCUACGUGAAGACUUUCUAUGACAAACCCAAACUCAUCCUAGGGAGCGAGGCGCCGCUAGCCAAUGACCCGGGCGAUGACAACGGCAACGUAGGCUGGUGUGACAGCAGUAGCGGCAGAAGCAGCAGCAGCAGCAGCAGCCCGGCGCGGGGGGCGUGUGGCUCCCCUGCGGCGGCCCCGGACUACGCCUCCGAGGACGAGAACCCGUCAGACAUUGAACAGAAGAUGGCAGAGACGAAAGUGAAGAUGAACGACGCCAUUUUGUCCAACGGUAAGGAGGAGCUUCAGCUGCACGGGAGGAAACUGAAGCACUUCAUCAAGCACCGGGAACUGCGGGACUCCUGCAGCGGCGCCAGCAGCGUCAUGCUGGCCAACAACAAUAACAACAACAACAACAAUACCCUGAAGCAGCCGGGCUCCCUGAAGCUCAGCGACACGGCCGGCGACGAUGACAACCGUUUCUGCGCCGUGCCGGAGAGUCCCAUCGUGGACGCCUACGAGAAGGAGUGCCUCGACGUGCCGGAGAAGAUGGUGCGGGAGCUGGAGACGCACACCAAGGAGGGCGGCGCCACGGACGACUUCAUCCCUUGCAAGAAGGAAAAGAUGGAGAUCAACGAACUCCACAAGAAGUGCCGCAACGUGGAGACCCCUGCUGAUGGCGCCCCCGCCCCGCAGCCCCCCGCCACGCCCCCCCUGUGCCCCAUCAGAAGGCUCGACACAAGUGCAAACAAAGAAAACUCUGCCCCAAAUGCCCCAGAGACAGAGAAGCCUCGUGGAACACGCGUCAGCUUCAGCGGCGUGGAGGUGGCGUCCUUCCGAAGAGACAGUCCCCAGAGAAGGAGAGAUCGAGUGGCGCACAGACGGUCGGUGCCUCAAGCCUCACCCAGCCCGGCCGCCAGGGAGAGGGCCAAGCUGGGCUCCCCGGACGGUGGGGAGUUCGAUGUCUACACCAUGGAGGCCGCGAUGCCGAAGAUUGACUGGGACACGAUCGAGGCACAUCUACGGGCCACGAAGGAAGAGGAAAGAAGGCGUCGCAAUGAUCGAGAGGAAAUCCGCCGCAAGUUGGCCAUGGGGCUGGAUGAGGACCAGACCUCUGACCGGCCACACCGCAAGCCUUCACUACAUUCCCGGCUUCAGAGUGGCAUGAAUCUUCAGAUCUGCUUUAUGAAUGAAACUGCAAGUGACUGUGAGAGUCAGUGCUCAGACACAGAGAGCACGCAAGACAGGGAAGGAGAUGUUGAGAGAGUGUCUGUUGGAUCCUCAAGCAGCAAGUGCUCAACACCCCACACAGGCAGAAAUAGUUCCUCUCAGUCUGAAUCUGACCUGCGAGAGGAAAAUUUCUUUGCCCGUCAAGCACAGCUGCAGCAGGAAGCUCGCCUAGCACUGGCUCAGGCCAAGGAAAUGGCUCGGAUGCAGAUGGAGAUAGAAAAACAGAAUAAGAAGAAAAGCCCCAUUGCUGAAGUGGUGAGGGCAAGCUUCAACAAGAUUGGUGUUCCAUUCCCCGACAGCAAAAGAAGGAUCAGCCGACAGAUCUUGACGGACAUGAAUGUUGCGCAGCUUCAGGUUAUUGUCAAUGAUCUCCACACGCAGAUAGAAAGCUUGAAUGAAGACCUCGUAACAUUCCUGAUGGAGAGAGACGACCUCCACAUGGAGCAGGACUCCAUGCUGGUGGACAUUGAAGAUUUGACAAAGCACAUUGGUGCAAAAGAACUGAGUUUGCGAGGAGGAAGCAGCCACGAGAGCUUCAAGAGCCUGACCAUCACGCCACCAGGCAAAACCAAGACCAACUCAAUGAGACUAAAAGGUAUUGCCAAGAAGUGAUUCAGCAGCCACCCAGCAGCCCAGCGCUGCCAGGAAACAUUGAUAGUUGUGUGCUAUUGACUGAGCAUAGGGAUUUGUAUUAUAUAUAGUUUCUGCUUUUCUGAGAGAGAGAGAGAGAGAGAGAGAGAGAGAGAGAGAGAGAGAGAGAGAGAGAGAGAGAGAGAGAGAGAGAGAGAGAGAGAGAGAGAGAGAGAGAGAGAGAGAAUCUCUUUAAUGUAUACUUUUUUGUUUUCUCUGCAUGGCACACCAUUUUUUUCUUUGGUAAGAUCUUGGGUGAAAAUGUGGUUGAUGAGUUGUUUAGUCAACUUGGCUUUAAUUUCCACAAAUCAUAUUAUGUACAUUUCCAUCUUAAUCACUUGAAUUCAAUCAGUAUUCUUCCAUGAAACUGAAAGCAGUUUAUUUGCAGUUUACCAUAAGAAUAAGCUACACAAAAGUCAUGGGAUAUUGGUAUUCUAUUUUGCAAGAGGUAAUGAUUUCAUAUUUUAAGCUCCAUUACCUAAAAUUUGUUUGUGAUAUUAUUUGCUUAGUAAACCAUAAAACUGCCAAUCUGUUUUGCUCUGUGUAUAAUUGUGGAUCCUGAGUGUCUGAAAAGACGAAGCGUCGUAACAUUUAAGAUGGUGACAUCAAAAAGCGAAUGAAAUUUUCAUAUUAAUCCAUAAAUGGUAUGUUGCUCCUAGUAGGUAUAGACACUGGUGGUGAUCUGUGAUAGAGUGACUGAAGCGUAGUGUAAGGUAAGGGCCUGAACACAGAGGUGGCUUACGAAGGAGCAGUAAAAUUAUAAGGCUGGCUACUAAUGUUUACAUUGCUUGCUAUUACGGAUGCUACGAAUGCAAGCCUUCACUACACGUGUGACAACCAACUGUGGAAGAGGAAUGGAGAGUUUUAAACAGGAUGGCAAAACCUGUUGAUGGAUAGAUUAGAUCAUGGCAAUAGAUUAAUAUAAAUGUUUGUUUACAGUCAGCACUAUUCUAGCAACACUGUAACACCUGGAGUUGUGGUGCUUGCUAGAAUCUUCUCAUUAAAGUAGUCUGCGUGAACUUGAGGUCAUCUUCUGUUCCCAUGCAUAGUAUAUUACAAUAAAAUACUCAAGGUCACAAAUUUAGUAGAAGCUAAAAUUGUUUGUAGCUGAGCAGAUAGUGGCAGCCAGUGGAUGGCUGGCACACUUACUAUAAAGAAGACUCAUGGUUUUCCUUACUGUGCAACUUUCUAUAUUAAUGUAAAAAAUACUUAAAUGUAUAAAUUGGUCUCCAGGUUACUGUGACUCAAAAAUUUGCAGCAUCUAGAGACUUGCAUCUGUCCAUUAAUUAUACCUUUAAGAAUUACUAUAUUGUAAUCCUGUGGCAGGUGCCACAGGUGUUUAGAUUAUAGUUUAGAUGAUUAAUCUGUGGAUCAUAGAAUUGUGUAUAUUAUGUGCAGAUUUAUAAAUAUAUUUAUUUUGUCCCUAUGUAAAUAAUUUUGCAGCUGGGUAUAUAAUUUUUGAUGUCAAUCACAGUAAAGUUCACUGUAUUCCGUGAUUUCCUCAGCACAAAGAUGCUACUGUUCUCUAGACCUUGUCAGCCCCUUGUGGCUCCAGCAGAGUUUGUAGCUUGGCGACAGACUCAAGUGCAUCAGUUCAGCAACCAUGACUUUCGGAAGGUUUCAUUGCAUGUAAUGAGAGUAAUAUGUAGGAAGUUAUCCUUCUCUGAAUAUACUAACUACUGGAAAGCUUGUUUGUUCUUUCCCAUCACAGCUCAGCAAGAAGUGUUGUGUGACUGUACUAUAUCCCUCCUAACAACCAUGAAUUGCUUCAGUGCAUAAUGAUAUUUCAUUUGUAGGUAUUCUAGAGAACUACUAUGGAACAAGAAAUCAAGCUCCGUGUUCAUAAAACUACUCUGUCAGUGGUAGAAUCUUGCCAUGUGAUCCUCACAUUGUGAUCGUUUUCUUCAUCCAUGAACUAAUUAACAGCUUUUAAUGUAUGUUUCUGCAUUCUAUGAAUAUAUCUGAAUCAUGAGCAUCAUAUGGGAAAUUAUAAUGUGAAGGUGAUGCGACUGAGACACCAAUGGUGUUUCUAAUUUGAUGGUGGCAAUGUAAAGAGAUGUGGUGAUGAGUUGUUGGUGUGAAGAGUGUGGAGUAAGUGUGUGUGUCAGGAACCCCGUGGAGAGUGAACAAGUAAGUCACUGGCAGGAAUGGAAACAACUUAACGAGCCUCACCUGUUCAGAAAAUUCUUGUGUGCUCAGAAAGUAUGGCCUUUCUUGUUUGUUUUUUUCAGUUUUUGUUUGUCCUGUAUAAUAAUAAAGUGUGUGUUUGUGCGUACUAUUUUUUUUUUUUGGCAAAUCAAUAUUCUGUGUUUGAGCCCAGUCUUCCACAGAGAGUACAAGUAGUAAGUGAUGUUGCAGUGGGGGGAUUUUCUUUCUUUCCCUCUCCUUUUCAGCCAAGCCUUUCAUUGUGGGUUUUGAAGUGUGGAGCAGAAGGGCUGGCAGUUAUUAAAUGCCAGCCAUGGAAGCCUAUAGUAAGAUGAGGCAGCUUGUCCAAACAGUGGAGGAAAAAUGUUUAUCGCAAUGUGCUGUUGUUUACCUGGUAAUGCAAUGUUAUACUGGUUGGUUGCUGGAACUGUGAUCAUUACCUGGCCUCUUACUAAUGCAUGUGGUUUUGUCAUCGUUUUAUAGAUUACAAAGGUGACUAGGAUAUUCGUUUAUGAUUUCAAGUGAUUGUUUUUCAUUCAUACCUCACAUGAAAGGAGCAACACAGAGGUAUUAUCACUCAUAUUUCAUGGAGUCAAUGUACUUUAUAGAUUUCAAAGCUAAUCUAUUGCUGGUAUGAUAUAUAAUUUCUUUUUUUAUAUAACGAGUAGAAGUAACAAUCUGAGGACCUAUUGGCAGAUUUGAAUGCAGUGUAAUGCGGAGAGGAGAGGAUCGUGGAGGCUGACUGUAGACUUAAGAAGGGGCGAAUGUACUCAGUUGCAGCGAUUUUGCCUCGUGUUGAGUUCCAAAGGGAUAAUAACAGGCUUUACUUGCUCUAACUUUACUCCUGUGAGAUACAUAAUGUCACUCUGCCAGCACAACCCUGAAGCCUUCAUGUAGAGUCCCUCAGCCUUUUAUUUGCCUAACAAGGUUGCUGUACAUAUUUGUUUCAAGUAAAAGUUCACCCAAA